AUGGCUCAACCAGCUCCCAUCCGGCUCGACCUCAGCACCCUGCGUAGUAACGGUACCGGUCAAGGAUCUUCAGAUGCAAACUACACUCAAAUCCAGCAACAAGAUGCUCGCUACGCUCGCUAUCUCGUCUUCUUGACCAAAGCAUUUAACGAAAACAAUCAACUCGUGAACGCAUACGGCCGUCACGAGUUCGUCGGAACUCUGCCCAGCGGUUUCGCCCUGUGGGAGCACACAACCGGAAAGCAGAAAAACGUCGUGGAGCUUUACGGCAACCCUAAAGGCGGCAAGUAUCGCUCUGCUGUCGAGUUCACCGUCCACAUCGGCGAAUUGCUCGCUGCCAACAACGCCAGAGACGCUCAAAUUCGUGCUCAGGUCGCAGCCCAAACCCUAGCCGACGCUCGCGAUGCAAUCAUCGAACAUAACCGCGUCAAGAUGGAUGAGUGGCUGACCAAUCCUAUCAUAUUCCCGCCCUGCAAGAACCCCAAUGACCCUGAUGCCCUCGAGUAUGCUCGCAACAUCGGCUUCGUCCCUCGCGAUGUUGACGCAGCUGUCCUUGCCGACCGACGCAACAAUCCUGCUGUCCGCAUCCCCAACUGCACUUGCACCUUGCGCUGA